GCUGUUGAUUGGCUGCUGCAGGAGAGGGCGGUCCUGCUGGCAGCAGUUACCCAGGUUUCCGGUGCUCGACCAGAGAGGUGGGCGCCGUCGGACGUCCGCCGUGAAAUCACAAUGAAGAACCAAGACAAAAAGAAUGGGCCUGGCAAACACUCCAACCCGAAGAGCAGCCCGGGGCAACGGGAAGCAGGACCGGAGGGAGCCCAUGGACGACCCAGACAGACAGCUCCUGGGGCGGAAGCUGAAGGUUCCACAAGCCAGGCUCCUGGGAAGACCGAGGGGGCUCGAGCUAAAGCAGCUCCUUCUGGGGUCCUCUGUGACGUCUCUGAGGAGCUGAGCCGGCAGUUGGAAGACAUUCUGAGUACAUACUGUGUGGACAACAAUCAGGGAGGCCCAGGAGCAGAGGGAGCACAAGGUGAACCCACUGAGCCAGAAGACACAGAGAAGUCCCAGACCUAUGCAGCCAGGAAUGGCGAGCCUGAAUCGGGUAUUCCAGUAGUCAAUGGCGAGAAAGAGACCUCUAAGGGGGAGCCUGGCACAGAAGAGAUCCGAGCAGGUGAUGAGGUCGGAGACCGAGACCAUCGAAGGCCACAAGAAAAGAAGAAAGCCAAGGGUCUAGGGAAGGAGAUCACUUUGCUGAUGCAGACACUGAACACGCUGAGUACCCCAGAGGAGAAGCUGGCUGCGCUGUGCAAGAAGUACGCUGAGCUGCUGGAAGAGCACCGGAACUCCCAGAAGCAGAUGAAGCUCUUGCAGAAGAAGCAGACCCAGCUGGUGCAGGAGAAGGACCAUCUGCGUGGUGAGCAUAGCAAGGCUGUCCUGGCCCGAAGCAAGCUUGAGAGCCUGUGCCGGGAACUGCAACGACACAACCGGUCCCUAAAGGAAGAAGGUGUGCAGCGAGCCCGUGAGGAGGAGGAGAAGCGCAAAGAGGUGACUUCACACUUCCAGGUGACACUGAAUGACAUUCAGCUGCAGAUGGAACAGCAUAAUGAGAGAAACUCCAAGCUGCGCCAAGAGAAUAUGGAACUAGCCGAGAGGCUCAAGAAGUUGAUUGAGCAGUAUGAGCUCCGUGAGGAGCACAUCGACAAAGUCUUCAAACACAAGGACCUGCAGCAGCAGCUCGUGGAUGCCAAGCUCCAGCAGGCCCAGGAGAUGCUGAAGGAGGCAGAGGAGCGGCACCAGCGGGAGAAGGAGUUUCUCCUGAAGGAAGCAGUGGAGUCCCAGAGGAUGUGUGAGCUGAUGAAACAGCAGGAGACCCACUUAAAGCAGCAGCUCGCCCUGUACACAGAGAAGUUUGAGGAGUUCCAGAACACACUUUCCAAAAGCAGUGAAGUGUUCACCACGUUCAAACAGGAGAUGGAAAAGAUGACAAAGAAGAUCAAGAAGCUAGAGAAAGAAACCACCAUGUAUCGAUCCCGGUGGGAGAGCAGCAAUAAGGCUCUGCUGGAGAUGGCUGAAGAGAAAACCCUCCGGGACAAAGAGCUGGAAGGCCUGCAUGUGAAAAUCCAGCGGCUGGAGAAGUUGUGCCGAGCGCUGCAGACAGAGCGCAAUGACCUCAACAAGAGGGUACAGGACCUGACUGCUGGGGGCCAGGGCUCCCUCACUGACAUUGGCUCUGAGCGGAGGCCGGAGGCUGCCACUGCCUCCAAGGAACAAGGUGUUGAGAGUCCUGGGGCUCAACCAUCCAGCUCUCCAAGGGCUACAGAUGCCUCCGGCUGCCCUGGAGCACGGAGCACAGAAACAGCAGGCCAAACAGGGCCCGGAGAGCCCACCUCUGUCACUGCCUAGAGAUCAUGGUGCUUGGGCAUGCUGGGAAGGGGGCAGCAGCCCAGUCAGGCCUGGUCCAUGCAAGGCUUCCACACUGAGCAGCCUAGUGCUGAGGCCCGGGUGUUCUAACCUGGAGGGCAUCGGACACUUUGCAAUUUUGAAUUUUGUGGGUUAGCCUUACAUGGCUGGGGCAGGUGUGCAAACCUCAUGCAGUUCCAUAGUUUACACUUGUAGGUGUGCUGUGGGCCUCACCACGGUUGGAUGUGCAGAUGACGUUGGUGACUCUGUAAACUGAAGAGUCUUAGAAGAUGUCAGCUGUAGCUGCCAUCACAAUAAGCUGGCAGGUCAGAUGACUCCAAUAUUUUCCUACCCAGCUCUGAGGCUCAGACCCCUCUUGGCCCUUUUCAGAGCUCGUGACAAGCGAAAACACCCAGGCCUGAACUCUCCUUUAUAAGCAGAAAUUUGGGCAGUUUGGGCUCUUGUCACUCCCCUGGAGGUUCCAUUGCUUCUCUUAACCUGGGGAUGAUGUCCCUGGCAGAGUCUGUGGGAACAGAAGUGGAGGGUGUGGUUGUGUGGGAAGGAAUCCCCCUCAGGCCCACUUCCUCUCUGGUAGUGCCAGGUCCAGGCCAGUGUUGCUUCUCAGUUCUCAGUAGCCUUAUCAUUCACAGGUGCCUCUAGCCUGCACAAAUAAUUGACAGAUGUCACCCAAAGGAUUCUUUUGGGAGGGUUUUUGUUUGCUUGUUUUGCAUAAGAGUUUGUAUUAAAGAACUUGGAAGGAAGGAAGAGGGAUACUCUAGCAGUGGUUCCCAGGUGCCUGGCCUCCAGUGCCCUACUCGGAACCGCCCUGUCGGAGUCCUUUGCCAUGUAGGUGCCAAGGUGUCCUGCUUGGGAAGGUGAGGUAUUUCAGAGACAGAAAGAGGCUUCCAAUGGCUUUGCCACAAACUUGCCUAUGGGCUUCAGCCUAGGCGACGCCCACUGGUUCCCAUCAUUCCUCCAUGCAGCCUUUGCUGGACCCCAGGUCCGAAUGCCCCUUGAAUUAUGGUCUUUUUUUUUUUCCCCUGCCUCCUCACCUCCAACUCAGGAGCAGUUUUUGAAGACUGCUCACGUGCUGUUUCCUAGCCCCCUCUCAGCCAGAAAGUGAGUCCUUGGGAUUUCACUUCUUCCUGCCUAAGCUGACUGGCAGGUCAAGAACACACAUCCCAGGAACCAAAAUAGCUGCAGGGACUUGUCUUUACCCUCCCUCCCCACCCCCCUCACAAUGUCACUGUCCUCUACGCAGCCUUGCUGAAGUUCUUGCUGCUCACCUGUCUGGCUGUAGCAGUUUCCACAGCAGCUUUCCAGAUAACAGUGUCUCCUUUCCGUAAGCUAAGUGGACCAUAUCCUGAGGCUGGAUAGAAUUUUGCUUCUAACUGUAUUUCAACUAUUGCAUUAUCCUGCAAGUUUCUUCAUCUCUCAUAACUAGCCUCUAUGGCCCCACAUUCAUUAGAAAUUGAGCUGGGUGUGUGGUCUGUUCCUGUAAUCCCAGAACUCAGCAGAGCUAGGAAGCAGGAGUGACCCCUUGUCGAAAACCAAAAAGUAAAAGGCUGGGAGACAACAUCACAUGCUAACAAUCAUGUGCUUAAAUCUACAAAUUACGAAUGACCCCUUCCCCAUGUCACAUUCUCUACCAUUUCAAAUACUUAGUACCCCCAGACUCCCAGCUGUGGGAGUGUUGAGGCUGCUUUGCCAUCUCCAGCUGGGAUCUGUUGUCCUGUGGAAUUUCUCCCAAGGUCUUAUCUCUUGGAAAUCAUAAUAGUAUUCCUGUUCCAGUAAGGCCUCCCAGCCCGUAUUCCAGGCUGAGAUCUGACCUGUUAACCCAUGGAGCUCUUCAGGCCGUAGGGAUGUAAGGGUAAGGCGUCUUUCUGCCUCCUUGGAAACGGAAGGGCCUUCUGUGGUCCACACGUCGGCUUGCAUCACUUCAGCUACCUCUUAAAGCAUGUGCAGGGUUACAGCUGUUAGGUCUUGGUGUGGCGGGCUGGGAGGCUACAAUUUGUCAGUAGAACCUUGGCUGUUUGCUCCAUCCACUUGUAGGCAGCCAGGACGAUACAUAGAUGGUAAUCUCUUCCUUUCUCCUCUCCACUGACCAAAUCUAAACAGUCCCUACAGCUGCUCUGCUUUCCAAAGUCAGCCCAGGAGCCUGGGCCAGCUGCAGGGAAGUGGCCUAUCUGUGAGAGGGCCACUGCCUUCCUCACGUGGCCAAGUCCCUUGCACAUGACCUCAUUUUAGGACCAAGAGCUGUGUUGGUUUCUUAGAUUGUUAGUUUUUCUCUAGAGGACCACAGUGGGUAUGGCUUAGAGCCCAGGGCCCUUGGCUAUACAAACAAUAUUUAGGUCCUUGUCCAGGUGAGAGUUUCAUGUACGCCAUGUCAGCCCCAUUCUUUGUCGUCGUUUUCUAUGAGGCUUUUGGACCACGGGCAGAGCUUAGGCACUUUCGGUAAGAAUGUUGUUUCUGUAAAGAUGGUUAUUUAACGCUUCCCAAUCCCCGUCAUGUUAGUCCUACUGAGGGCUGACCAGAGGCCGGUGGAACUGCCCAGGUGUCCACAGUGGGGCUGUGGCCUGCUGAGAGUUGUUCCAGCCCCCCUUCCCACCUUAAUAGCCUGGGUGGAUCACCAGGCAUCUGACUGCCCUUAACCAGCCUAGGGUAGGAGGACUGCCUCUGUCCCAGUGAUUGCUUUCCUUUGCCACCCACACUUGUUUGAAGUUGAACUGACACCAUUUUCUUUCUUCCCUCUCCCCUUCCCAGUCUACUUUUGGUAUUCACAACAGCCAGGGACUUGAUACUGAUGUAUUUUACACCACAUUAAAUAGUCUGUUGCCUUAUUUGUAUCUCAGCUAAUAGAUGAUUUGAUGUUUUCUGGAUCGACAAAGUGACCUGCCAUGAUCCUGCACCUCUCUACUGGCCAUAGGUUGAGGACCCUGACAGAUUCUCUAGCUGUGUUUGCUUUUGGUGUAGAAAAGAAAAUCAAAGGACAUAAGUAAAAAAUUUUAGAAGUUUGAAUAAGGUGUGCACACAUGUAAUCCCAGCACGGAAAGGCUGAGGCAUGGUUGCCAUGAGUUCAAGGCUGCCUUGGGCAGCAUCAGCUAGGCUUGUCUCAAGGAGGUGGAAUUGAGGGCCUCCAGACAUGGUAGGACAUGCUCUUAAUACCAGCACUCUGAAGGAAAAGGCAGAAGGAUCUCUCAAUUUGAGGUCAGCCUGGUCUACGUAUAGUAUUCCAGUGUGCUGUAGUGAGGGCCUGUGAGAGUGAGGUGGAGGGGUGGCUCCCUGGAUGGUAAGAGGACGUGCUCCUUCUUUUGUUCUCCGUAAGUACAUCUUGACACCGCCACACAUGUACAUACAAUGUUCAUAUAAUAAUACAUGUAAUUUUUAAAAAAUUAGUAACUAUUGAGAGGAAAAGUACUUUUAAAGCAGGUAGAGGUCCUGAAAAGGACAGACAGAAGUCAUGACCUGAUCAGUUGAACCUGCCAUAAUAGAACAUGUCUUUAAUCCCAAAGGUUUAUAAGACCUUUACAAAAAGAAAAGUUGCUUACAAGUUUUGCAAGGUGCCCAGGAGGGUGAGGGAAGAGAGGAGUUCUGUUUAGGUGUUCUUGAAAGUUUUGAACAGAGAGAACAGUAAGGACCCAUUGAAGGAAGGUGUUCAAACAGUACUGAGUAAGGCGUGAACUACUGGGCCUGUGCCAUUGGCCCUCCUCAGGGGACCGCACAAGGACUUUGUGCAGACUUUGUGGUUCUUUAAUUCAGCUCGUUUCCUCUAGGGGAAACUACAUGUGGCCUCACCCAGCACCAAUCCUCUCUCAGUUGGUUAGGCAGAAAAGAUGGAAAUGCUCAGCUUUACAGGAGCUGUGCCUCGAUCCCUUCUAGCCAGAGGUGGUAGGCUAAUACUAAUCCAUGUACAUCAGACACCACAUUGGAUCCAGAAGUCCUCCAGUAGGGUGGGAGAGGAUUCCUUUCCUGAUCCAGGUCAGGAGCUUCCAAGUAAAGUAGCUCUACUAAAGCUCUGGCUCCUCAGGGAAGCUGCUGAAGGUGGGAACCCCAAGGUGCUUCUGCGCCCUCUGCCACUUCUAAGAGGAAAGGGACAUCCCCACUGUGCACCUCUCUCUCUGGUUCUCAGUCUGCAGAAGCAACAACUCUGGGUCCCCACAGCCAGGGUCCCAUGUCAGGGAAAUCUGUUGUUGAGGAAAAGAGAAGAUGGGUGCUUUGUUGCCUAGGUCUGUUUAAUUUGAGCCUGCUGGGCAGCCUGGCUAAGGACACUACUCUCCUGUGGCAUCAGAUACUGCUCUGGAAAUCUGAACCAAGAUCCUCUGCCAGAUCUUUAAAUAGCUGCCUCAUUGAUCGGACCUCCCUCCUGGCCAGCUGCACUACAACCAACAGUUCCUUCCCAUCUCCUGCCAGGUUGCCAGAUCUCCUGUUGUGCUCUGGAUCUACCUAUGUAGGAGGUGGGGAGAGGUCCUGUCAGUUGAAAUGCACUUAGAGGCUAGGAAUGUCUGGAUGUAAUGGAACAACGACAUUGCCCAGGAAUGAGUGACUACUGGUUAUUUUCAGCAAAAUAACAAUUAUGUCUCAGGAUUAUAAGGAUUAAAUGUAUAUAAAAGGCUUAA